CGGCUGGCCGCGGUGGUGCGCGUUUCGUUCGUCUUUUCUGCUGCUGACUUCUGUAUGUUGCGAUAUCGUCUCGAGGAAGGAAACACACAUCGUCUCUGUGCUCGCGGAAAAGUCCGUACUGUGCGGGUGAAAACGCACUCGAACGUGUCUGAAAAGUGUCCCCCCGGGUGGCCGGAAUCGCGUACGUCGCGGAAGUGGUAUUUUCAACCGCGGAAGCGAUCGGAAAAGUGGCUAAAAGUGGAUUUUUUCCUGGCGGAUUCUCAGCCUCCAUUAGCGAAGAAGAGUUUUCUUGCUGACAUUUUUUUUUCGCUCAACCUCUCCCGGUCGUGGUUGGUGGUGUGGUGGUCGCAUUCUCUCGCUCGCGUUUGCAGUUUUGGUUGUUGGUCGUCAUCAUCGCCCGUCUCGCGGGAGAAGCGCGCAGUAGUGUUGUGUUGGUGUGGAUUUUUUUUUAUUCGCUCUCCCUGGAUGCGAUUCGUGCGGUUGUCGCCGCGCCGUCGAAAAGUUCGUGGAAGAAGAGAGUGUGUGUGCGUCGUUUGGCAGUGUAGUGUAGUGUAGUUUGCAGCGCAUCAGCGAGAACAGCAAAAACAACAACAUCGGUGUGUGGCAUCCAUCCAGCAUCGCCGGUGGUGGCGGCGGCAGUAGUAGAUAGCCGUCGGUCGGUCGCACCUCGUCUUCGCGUGUCGCGUACUUCUGCGUCGCGGUUUUGUCUAGUGGUGUGCGUGUGCAGUUCGUCGUUCGCUGUCAAAGUUGAGAAGCCUCGUCGGGCCCAAACAGUACAGUGUCCGAAAGGGUGUACCAUCCAGAUCUAGCAAGCAUCAGUGAAGAAGUGUGAGCUGAGCACCAUUGUGCGAAGAAGAUAGUGUGUGCCCUGUGUAGUUCCGUCUUACCGAAUUUUUACACCUCCGGACGGACGAACGUGGUGGAGUGCGGUGUUGUUGUUACAAGAGAAAAGAGAGCGACGCGUGUGGAAGAAGAGCAGCGAUCCAUCCGUCGUUCAUCAAUAGGAAAAAAGUGGUCCCGUUGGCCCUUCUAGGCGUACCACUGCGGUGCUGUGAAGUCGCGUCGCGUUGUCGUCCUGUGGUUGGGUGUUGUGUGUCUCUGUCCCACGGGGCCUCGAAGGACGCGCGAGUGUUAGUGGAAGUGUUCUUUUUGGCGAAUCAGUCAGUCAUCAUCCGGAGGGCCCACGACUAUACGGCCCGUCAUCAAUCCAACCAUCCAUCUUCCGGAGUAGGAUUGCCAGUCACACUAGCAGCAGCAGCAGCAGCAGCAGAGCUAAUUGACUCUUGAAAUACCGCGCAGAGGCAGUAGCUAACAGUCGCCGAAGGAAAGGGGUUCCGCUUUUUAUUGACCUGGACGCGGAAGGAACCCAGGCAGCACGAGAAAGGAUUUAAUUUGUUUUUUUUUUUUUUAUCUGACGCUGAUGACGUACGCUGCCUCUGAGUUCCUGCAAGUUCCGUAGCAGUGCGGUGCUGCUACGCGCGCGCCCGUAGUCGAACUCGUAUCCUAUUAGUUGUUUUUACCCGCAACUAAUAUUGGCCACGGGAACGAAGCUACGCUGGUGGAACCUGGCAGCCACAAUGUCGGUGCAGCAGUACUGUCUACGUUGGAACAAUCACCAGCCGAACUUCAUCUCCGUCUUCUCGACCCUGCUGCACAAUGAGAGCCUGGUGGACGUCACACUGGCUGCCGAGGGCCGACAGCUGCAGGCCCACAAGGUGGUGCUGUCGGCGUGCAGUUCCUACUUUCAGUCCUUGUUCACCGCCAAUCCCUGCCAACAUCCGAUAGUGAUACUAAAGGACGUGCAGUACAACGACCUCAAAACGAUGGUAGAUUUCAUGUACUACGGGGAGGUGAACGUGUCGACCGAACAGUUGCCCCAGGUGCUAAAAACGGCAGAGAUGCUAAAAAUCAAAGGCCUCGCGGAGAUGCCGGACGCUUCCGCGGUGUGUAAGGCCGACCCGAGCAAGCUCGAACAUCCGGACCUGGUGGGCGCCGGCCUAGGUCCGGGAGGAACAGGCGGACCAGAGUCGAUGUGGGGCAGCGCAGAAUCUCAACAGCAGCAGGCCGCAGCCCAACAGCAGCAGCAGCAGCAGCAGCAGCAACAACAGCAAUACCAUCAGCAGUUACAGGCCCAACAGACCCAGCUGCGAAGGACACCCUCCCCCACCACCAACAUGUCGCCGGCGGCACGGCGGAAACGGUUAAGAAAAACCUCAACCGGGUCGGGUUCGCUCUCUACCGAACGCAUCCAGCAGCAGCACCACCAGCAUCAGCAACAACAGCAGGAAGAGCACGGUACCAACGCGGACGGAACGAUAAACAUCGUGCCGCAUCUGCACAUACAGCAACAGGUUGAUAACAUAUCGUACAGCACCGGGCAUAGUGCGCUGGCGUCACUUGCCGGGGCGGCCGGCGGAGCUGGCAACAACAUCCGAAUAAUCAAGGAAAGUCCCAGUUCCGACGUGGACCAGCAGCAGCACGAAUCGUCGCAGGAGAGCGUGGACGAGGCGGGACACCACAUGCCCAGUAUCAUCAAAACCGAGGACCUGAGUGGUGUGACGCAAACGAUACCGAUGGACAUUUCCGCGACGUCGACUAGCGUGGCGGCAGUCAAUAUCCCUCAGUCGCAAUCUCAGCACAGUGGUGAGUGUCGUUUUUUUUUUCUUUUUGACUGUUCAUUUUCACACACACGUGCGUUUCUCUUCUACGGAAAAGCUUUCUGUUGUUUCCCCGAUCUUCUAUUUUCUGUUGAUGUAUCGAUAUUUUGAUGUUCCAUAAGGAAAAGUUUUGAACGGUCAUCAGUCUUAUUUCUGUUUGUUUUCAAGCGCUGACCAGUUCUCAGAUGUCAUAUUUUUCGCUUUGAUUUCUGCUACCUUUUCACAUAAUAUUUAGAUCAGUAUCGUUCAGUACCUAGCGUUUUAUGAAUACAAUUCAUUGGAAUUGAUAAGAAUUUUACCUACAUAUCUUUAAACAUCAUUUCAGUUCCCUGGCCAAGUUCGCAGGGGUUGACGGUAUUAAAGUGAAGGAGUUUCAUUUUGAUUAUUGUAAUGUAGUGUUCUUUAGUGAAACAUAUCACCUUUUUAACACUUUAAUGCGCCUCCAACGGUUCAUCACGAACCGGCUGCUGCAGAUGGAGUAUGGCUGAUCAUAUGCAUCAGACAUGCUCGAUAAACAGGAGGAACCGCCGGGGCUCAGUAGAGUCUAUUCCCAAGCAAUAGUUCCAAGUCGGUUGGAUUUGAGAAGGUUUCCACG